AUGCGGGUGUUCACCUCUUUGGCGGUCUUGAUGGCCGGCACCGUAGUGCAGCACGCAAGUGCUCAAGUGGAUUACGGAACGCAUGGCGGCAACCGGGACAACAGUCCCAAUGGUGGCUCUGGCGGCCUUCCCGCUGGCUCUCCAAGUGGCAGUUUCAAUGAUGGUCCUGAUGGCAACGCCUAUGGAAAUCCAAGUGGAUAUCCCAAGGGCUCUCCUGCUGGCCUCCCUGGAAACCUCCCUGGUACAACUCCUGACAUGUCUACCUGUGCCCUCCAAGUCGUCACAACAGUUUUUGUCACUGUAUACCCUACUAGCCAUCUUACGCCUUCCGGUGUUGUCCAGCCCAGUGACUUUGACCCUGACCAGACAAUUCACCAAACUGGGUUCCCUACUACGCCUGUCCCGAUUUCUUCAGCUGAGUCUGUUGAGGCCGCACACACCAGUGUCAAACCUUUCACCACACUCACUAUUGACGUUUGGGGCAGUGAUCCUGACUCGUCAAACGCAUUUACAUCUGAUGUUGCGUCUGCCCCUAUCUACACCGAUGGUGCUUCUGACCCUGCUGAGACAUCUGCGGACUUUCCUGGUGAAUCUCCUGCACACACACAAGAGCCUUGGCCCAACAAUUCCCAGAUUUCCAACCACGGAGGUCAUCCCACACCAUCAGACGGGCAGGCAUCUUUCAGCGCUGGACCAGUUGUUGGUUCUCCUACUGCUAUUCCUCCUGAGAACUCCGCUUACGGCGAUGCGGAUGAUUUCCCUAGCAUUUCUUCCAAUCCCAAUGACAGGCAGCCAUCAGAGUACUCUUCACCCGCUACCACAGGUGCUGGCUUGGACGGCAGCCGGCCUGUUCAGGUAACAGUCAUUGGCUCAGACGGGAAGCCAACAGUUCUUGAAUUCCCCAGUGCUCAAUCCACGAACGGAAAUGGCAAUGGCGCUGGUCAUCCCUUUCCCACUGUCACUGCUCCGUUCCCUGGUUUCACCCCAGGCACUGCCCCAGCAGCUUCAGAUGUCUUAGCAACAGCUGGUGAGACUAUGUGCACAAGCUACACCACCAUCGGACCCAAUGGAAUUCCCACAGUCGUCCACUCCACUUGGGUAAACUACCCAACGGCCACGCCUGGCUUUCCUUCUGGCUUUCCUUCUGGCUUUCCCUCAGGUCUUCCCUCAGGUCUUCCCUCAGGUCUUCCUUCUGGUCUUCCUUCUGGUCUUCCAUCUGGUCUUCCAUCCGGUUUUCCAUCUGGCCUUGCUUCUGGCCUUCCAACCAACCCCGGUGUUAUUACGGGCCUGCCUGGCGGACCAGUCAUUCCCACACACACUGCGUUCACUAUCCUCGGCCCUGAUGGACUUCCAACUGUCAUUGAAUCGUCAUGGCUGUUGCCAGCACCAACUACGACGCAGCUGGGUGUGCCUGGCCCGAACUCCAUAGGUGGUGUUCCAAAUCAAGUCACUGGUAUCCCGCCCCUAUUCACUGGAACUGCAGCUGGAGCGAGUGUGCCUGGCAGUACAACCUGCACAAGCUAUACAGUAUUGGGACCAGAUGGUCUUCCAACUGUCGUCGGCACCACUUGGGUCGUUCCCAACCCUACUGCCGGCGCGAUUCCUGCCAACGUUGUCACUGGGGUCCCAAGCCAAGUUGGAGGAGUUUCUGGGUAUCCGUCACAAGUUGCAACGAAUGUCGGUGGUGUGAGUGCUAUCACGACUUGUACGAGUUAUACUGUCUUGGGGCCUGACGGCGCCCCCACUGUUGUUGAGUCCACCUUUGUCGUGCUUUCGAGCAACGCUCUUCCCGCUGUUACCAACGGACUGCCAAUACCCCCUGCCCAAGCUUCUGGUCUUCCACAAGGCACUCAAAACCUUCCCAAUGGAGUUAACCUUGCCACCACUUGCAUCACGGUUGGUAUUGUUGGACCGGAUGGAUUUAUAACACCUGCUAUUCAAACCAUCCUCAUCCCUACCAGUGGUCUGGGCAGUGUUCUGCCUGUUCAAACCAACCUCGGGUACCCUUCUCUUGUACCGGCCCAAACUGGCCUUCCUCUUCCACAAGGAAACCUCCCUGUGACUCCUGCUGGAAGUGGAAUUUUCACUACCUGCAUCACAGUUACCACAGUAGGAUCAGAUGGCAUGGCAACCCCUGUUGUCCAAACCGUUGUCGGCUUGCCGAGUGGUGCAGAACUUGGGGCCUCUCUUCAACCUCUGUCAUCUGGUGGACUACCCUUCCCCAAUCCCCAAUUCUCCAGCGGCAGUCUUAUUAAUCUCCCUACUCUCACUCAAUAUGGGACUUUUGGAACCAACUUGCCAGUUGUUUUGCCACCAUCUGCAGUGGUUUCUGGCCUUGCGGCUCCAACGGGAACUGUCACUGGCACCCGCACUUCGACAUUUACUGUCAUCAAUGGUCCUGAUGGACAGCCUGCUACUCUCGUUCCAUACAGCAAUGAGUGGGACAACAAAGCUCCAGUGUUGGAACCUUCGCCGCUGUCAUAG